AAAGAAUAAGCUUCACUUCACAACUCAGUCUCUCCUCCAAAGCUUCCUGUCUCAAAAUGGCCAACAAUCCCUCGUCGCUAAUGCCCUCAGAGUUGAUCGACAGGUGCAUAGGGUCGAAGAUAUGGGUGAUCAUGAAGGGCGACAAGGAGCUCGUCGGCACUCUCAGGGGUUUCGAUGUCUACGUCAACAUGGUUCUCGAAGAUGUCACUGAGUAUGAGAUUACUGCUGAAGGAAGAAGGAUAACCAAGCUUGAUCAGAUUUUACUCAACGGAAACAACAUUGCCAUUCUGGUCCCAGGUGGCUCCCCUGAAGUAGAGUAAUAGAGCAAGGGAAAUCUACUUUCAUCUGCAAGCUUUAACACAAUCUCAGUAAAACUUUUGCCAUUGAUGUGGUUAUAGGACUUAACAGGGAACUGAUGGAUGGUUAUGUUUCUUCUGAAUUCUAGUUGCUCUGAGUGGUUACUGAUAUGUAAUUUGGAUAUAAAUAUGUAAUGGAAGCUUUACAGUUCUGUUGCUGACAAAUUUAUUAAUAUGCUCACUGAAGACGCUGGAAUUGAAACUAGCAAAACAGAAAUGAUGAUCUUGUUUUGGUGAAAAUGCCUAGGUUAAUUAGGAGUAAGCCGAAAGUUGGUGAAAAUGCUUAGGGAGUAGCUUGUAAGGUCCAACUCCUUUUGCUAAUCUCUCAAAUGGGUCUUCCGAAUAACGAGUAGGUCUUUCAUGUUUCGUAGUGUUAACUUGUUUCCAUCCUUGCUUCAACGUCAUUGUUUAUCAUGGAGCUAGAGUUUGCUAUUGUCUCGUUGCUUUGUCACACUACGCUGUUGGCCUCUGAAAUCGGAAUGGAAGCGAAUUCUUACAACUUGUAUGU